AUGCGAUCACGAUGCAAACCAGAUCGCAAACUGGCCAACCGAAUUACCCAGAAGCCACACCGGGAGGAACCGAUUUCUCUGAAGUUAUUAGGUACUGUUUGGAAACUAUCUGCUAAGCCUGCCCUGACUUGGUCUGUCAUGAUUACCGCACCGCCCUCGAAAGGGACGAACGCAACCCACACUACGAAGUCAACAUUCCUCCCGCCGUUGUCCAGUAUGCUGACCUUGAGACUGCGUUGCGCCGAACGUGGGCAGACGACGAGGUUGGCUCACUUUUGUGUAAGUGGUACCGUAGAAUUUCGAACCCAAUUCUCUCUUUUAAUAUUCGGGAUCAUCCAAACUACACGUGACUCAAUGGCGCCACCAAUGGCUUUUUCGUGUCAUCCACAUCUUGUUGCAAGACCUGCGGUCAACGGUCAUGAGAUUUCGAGGGGGGAGUUGCUCCGAGGGCCUGAGCGGAGCUGCAAGGAUGCAGUUGCUUGUCAGGAUCAUACUAAGAGGCCCACUCGAUUGCGAUAUGAGUGGGAUACCAUAUUUGCAAUCAAAGAACAUUCUCUGGUUUCAGACCUCAACGUUGAUGACACACUGUUUCGUGUAAACACAGUUCCCCAAAGAAGCGGUUGUGGGAAAUCCAAGUGCACCCAAUCAAAAACACAGUGCGAUCGACCUCGCGACACAGGGGCCAUCGUUUUAGGCUCACAGAAACGCAUUGGAAUACGGGUUGCCACUGACACUGGUUUCACUCGAGCCGGAAACGUGUCAGAUUAUCGCCGUAAGGAAAGGCAACUGAGCCGAAAUCCGGGGGACUUCAAGCGUGACUUCCGUGGUGCGGGUCGUGGGGGUCUCAGAAGGAACGAAGGUCAAUUCUCCCGAGGCCGUUUCCAUGACCGCCACAGAGGACAACGACCAGGGCAUUUUGCAGAAGAACCCGAAUGGUUUUCUGAAGGUCCGACUACGGUUACUGAAACCAUAGAGCUGGGGUGUGCGUUGGAAGAUGAGGAUGGCGAUAACUCAGUAAUUUUUGGACGAAAGCUGGCAACCCCACCUAUUUCUCUUACUGAUGGGGGCGAUAGAGAGACCGAUGAUGUUUCAGGCCUCUAA